AUGUCAACCACCAUCGCCGGCUGCCAAAACGAUGGCAACUACACGGCUCCAGAUGGCCUCAACUUCACCAUGUACUGCAACGAAAACAUCGCCGCCGCAGCAUACAGCACGAGCGCGCCCACCACCAAAAUCAACCUAACUCAAUGCAUGAAUACCUGCUCCCAGGAAGAUUACUACUGCUAUGGCGUCGUCUACCAACCCUCUAACAGCUCGUGUUGGGAACUAACCAACCUGACCGCAUCAACUGAGUCGAACCUCGAGACAAACUCGAAAAUGGCCGUUGCUCUCGCUGACCCGAAUCAGUUGAGUCUCGCUAAUACGUCGUGUCCGUAUGCAAACAACUCGGUGCAGACGUCGUCGGCUGGUGUUGAUUUUACAAUUAAAUGCUCAAUGGCGGUUCCGACGGGCGCUUAUUGUCCCUGGUCCUCGGAGUUUUGUCCCACGCACGUUGACACUUUGGAUGAGUGCAUGGAUAUCUGCGCUGCUGCACACCCGUUGUGUGAGUCUGCGUCAUGGAAUCCCGGCAUGAUUCAUGGAUAUCAGAAUUGUUACUUGAAGACUGCCAGCCAGCCUCUGGAAGAGUAUGAUCUCACUACUCAAUCCUACAUUCUUCACACCGCCGUCUUGAACCUUCCAACUCUUGCUCAGGGUUGUCCUACCGAUAAGAACUAUACCAGCACUGCGAACGGCACAGAUACCGCAUUCACGAUUUCCUGCGGUCAACAGGCUACUAGCGCCACGAAUCUCACAUUCUCGCACCAGCCGAAUAUCACAGCGUGUAUGGACAGCUGUGCUUCGUACAGCGACUCGCCGUCAUGUGAAGCAGUCGUCUUUGAUCCCAGUAUGGCAAUCGGCUAUGACAAUUGUCAACUGCUGAACUCUGUUACUUUGGUCCAGGACACAUCCAACGUAAACUACGCCUCAAUCUCCAGCUCCAACUCUUCCGAUGCUUCUGGAGUUUCCUCUUCUUCGUCAGGUCAUAGCAGCAGCAAAGCUUGGAUUGCUGGUCCCGUCAUUGGCGGUAUUGUCGCUAUCGCGCUCGUCGCGCUGAUUCUUUGGUGGUGGUGCCGACGGAAGAAGAGCAGCGCCCAGACAGCGGCAGCAGCCUCGACGCCGGCGUAUAUCACUGCUCCUCAGGCCGAAUAUGUGCCAUCUAGACAGCAACAGGGGGCUACGGAGUUGCCGCCAAAGUCGCCAGUUGACCGCCCUGCUUUGCAUGAAAUGUCAGCUGCAGAGGGGAGGGUGGUGCAUGAGAUGGAUGCCUGA